AUGUUGAGCGCAAAGAAUAAGUUCGAACUUGCUAGGAACAGGUCCUGCAGUAGCAUAAGAGAAAACUUAAUGUGCUCGUCGGUCAUACUGAAAAACUCCAGCUGUCUCCUAAAGAGCAGCCCCACCUUUGAUAACACCACCCAGUUGCACAGGCGUGGUGAGGGCCUCCAGGAUGACAUGACUGACAUGACUUGCCCGGAGGAGGAUCUACUGAGGGAGACAAGUGCCAAGGAAUUGCACCAGUAUGUGUACACAAGUGAAGUCACCCCCGAUGAUGAAGUCGUCUGUAUGUCCAGCGAAUGGACCCAAGACCAUGAUGUGAAAAAUGAAUUUAAAAAAGGAAUUCUGUACGACAAAAUUGUGAUGUCUGACAGAACAUACAACACUUCGGUGGAGAGUAUACACAGCAACUUCCAGACGAACAAGUUAGACCAUGUGGUUAACUCAAUAAAGUUUGAAGAAAACACAAGUAUUAAAAUUCCUUCCUAUUUGAGGAACUCACCCUUGUAUGUCCUCUACCCCGAGUUGGACUAUCUCAAGGGUACAAGAGUAGAAGAGUUGCCAGAAGGACAAGACGACGCAGGGAAUACAGUACAACCACACGAACAUAUGCCACACCUCGAGAAAAAUAAAAGCCUCAACAACUACCUAAGGUACACACUAAAUAACAGCCACACGACGGGGAGGAAUAGAAUGUAUGAUUACUUCGAGUCGAAUAAAAAAAAUAUGGUAGAGAUAGCUAACCCAAAUGACCUGAACCAUACACUCCUCUACACAAAGAAAAAAAACCCAACAGAGCUCAUAUUCAAUUUGUACAAAAACAGGUACGUCACGAACAGCAGCAACCACACAGACAAUGAGCUACACACACUGAAUACUCUUAAAAGGUUGAAAAUGCCAUUCGUGGAAAAAAAUGAAAAGGGAGAAAAUAUUCCCAUUACAUCUGAAGUUAACGCCAAAAGGAGAGUAAAUCUGUUACAAAAUGGUGAUGCUAGUAAGGACAAAUAUACGAAUGCACGAGGUAAGGAACAAGUAGGGAGGGGAGGCAAACCCAAUUAUACUGUGUCCCUCAUUGAUAUGUCCUGUAGCGACAAGGCUUCCUUAAAAACAGUCCACCUCAAUAAUGAUAAAGGUGUAGGGGACAAAAAAAAUAUUUUUCAAUUAAAAAAAAAGACACGAAAAGAUGUUCAGGUACAAACAGAUCAAGACGACUUUGAGCAAACUGCUAAAUGGGAUUGCGACUCAGAUGUUCAACGUGUUGUGAGUAUAUUUGAAGGAAAGAAAAAAAAAGCUUCCCCGGAGGAUACACACGUAGGGAGCUCAUCUCGUACAGGGGAGAUCUGCAUUUCUUAUUGUGACUUGGAGGGGGUAGGGCAGAGCGAUGAAGAAACGCCGACUCGAAGUGGUGAUGUGGGCGAAGUGGGAGAAGUGGGCGAUGUGGACAAAGCGAACAAAGCGAACGAAGUGAAGACACAUGCAACGUCCUGCAACAGCUUGUCACCAAAUGGACACCCCCGAAUGACCCAAGGUAUAAAGAAAUACAACCAGUUCUUGCGAACUAGGGGAUGUCGUUCAGGACUGAAUAGGACAGUGUUAAAACAGCACUUAAGUGGCCCCUUCAUUGGGGAAGAGGCUUCUUUGAAUGGAGCCAAAGCAUCCCCUGGCAGUGGUAAUGGUGGACACACGAACAAAGCAAUUCUGAUUCCGAAGUUCUCCCCCCCAUGGGUUCACAAUGCACAGAUAGGAGAGCCCCCUACUAGUGCUUCCCUCAUUGGGGACGUGCCCGAUGUCUGUCCCAACGAGUUGAGGAAUACUCAGCCCAAACCAAGCAAAGUAUGCGUGUACAUUAAAAGUAGUGCCCCGAGGGGACACAUGCAAAGAUGUGAUACAGAUCGGUCUGGUCAGGAAAGAAAAGUUACAACCGCUUCUGAUGAGGAAUGCGAGAAGGAGAAAAUCACAAACGAUUUGCUCCUGAAAAAAUUGUACAUUGAAAAAAAAAGGCAGCUCUACGAAAAGAGCAAGUUCCAAAGGGCCAUUACCAGCAUGCUGCAGAGGAGAGCCGCCUUGAGGGAAAGGGUAAGGGACAAGUACACCGGUUUGGCGGGUCUCCACGGCGUUGCUGGCGUUACUCAUGUGGGCGACGUUGCUGCGGGCGAACGCGAUAACCUCUUAAGCACCCCCAGAUGUGCUAGGAAUCGGCCAAGUGAAACCUACAAACGUGCGCAUGGGUCUGGGGCCUGGAGGGAUACAACCCAGGAGGGGGGUCACAUCAGUAGCUGCAGCAACGUAAACUUGUACUCGUCAAAUGAACAGUCCGAUGACGGCUUCGGCAAGAUGGCGCACAACGCAGCGAGGAAUUACAGUGCGCAAAAUGGGUGCAGAAGAGUGGGUGCCCAACUCACCGAGCCCGGUGAACGAAACCAAGUGAGGGAACCAAACUGGGUUAACAAAAUCUCACAAAUCACACCCUUCAAAGAAGCGGUAAGGACAAGACGCUCCGAUAAGUUAACAAAUGAACGGAGCAAUGGAGGAGCCGUCCACAAGUCAUUCGCAAAAUAUUUCCGCACGUCAUGGAGGGGGGGAAGAGCCCGCCGAUGCGCAGCAGACCAUAAAAGGCUUAGGUCGCUGUCCUAUAAAAAUAGGGUAUCCACAUUAAGCGUCCUGGAGAAAAGCAUUCAACCAUUGAAGGAACACGCAAAGAGGAAUGUGAUCCUUGGGGAAAGCACAAGUGAUGAAAAAAGUGAUGAGAAAAGUUAUGAACAAAGUGAUAUAAUUCAAAGUGAAAUCAACAGGUGUGUAGAGCGAGGUCGUUAUGCAGAGUCCGGAGACGAAACGGAGGAUGACACAAGUGACGAAAGCACAGACGAGGGGACAAACAAAAUUUUGAAUGAAAACAAAUCCAGUGAAGAUGAACAAAAAGGUGGAAUAAAAAUAACCUAUAAUUUGGGAAGCAUCGUGAAGAAGGGUAAUCCCACUUUACAUGAAUGGGUUAACACUGAAAACACAUUCAUCCCUGCACUAAAUGAAACGAAAGGGCGCGUCGGUAAAAGCCAGUGCAACCGUAAUGAAGAUCAAACGGAUGAGCACAGCUGCGAAAGGGGGGACGUACAAACAGCAAACGUUGAAAUGGAAGAAGGAGAUUCCUAUUCAAGUAUAAGGACGGAUGGAAAAAGGGAAACCUCCAUCGAGGAAAAAAAAAACACAAUGGAAAUCAACUCACUUACCAGUGGUAACUUGCAGAACAAAAAGACCAAUCAAUCAGAUAAUUUAUUCAGGGUAAAAGUAACAAUAAAGAAAGCCAGUGAAGGAAGAAAGAAAUUAGACAAAGGGAGUAGUAACAUGGAGGAGGGUUCGAACCAUAAUCGCUAUGUUUUACAUGGGAAUGUGGAGAGCAUGGGUUCUUCUUCCUACAAGGGAAAUGCAAGCAAUGGAUACAUCAAACGCAUAGGAUUGGUACCCAAAGAGAAAGGAAAUUUCAGCGACACGGAAGUGGCCACUAGGAAGAGAAACUCGGAAAGCCUGACAAAUGAGGGAAAUGAGUCCAAUGACCAGCCCGGCAGCAGAACCUUCCUGAGGAAGAACGACAGACACGGAGGUGGAGACUAUUUAAAGAUCAAGCAAAAAGAAUGCGCAAAUAAGAGAAGCCACUCUCAUUCAAAGUUUUCCAACCAGGCAGAGGGAAGUAGGGACACAUUACCCGGUAUGAAGUUCACCCCCAAAUGUAACUCACCCCUAUGUAGAGGUCGAUCCAAUGAGACCAACCAGCUGCUAGACUUGGAACGUAUCGACCCCAAUAAGUGGAUACAAAAAAUUUUUGGAGAUACGCACUGA